AGGAAACUCGUGUGCAAGGACGCUGGAAACAUGGCGCUGCGCAUAGGCUGUGCUUGCGGAAGAGAAACAGUACUGGGGAUCAGUCGGCGACUCUUGGCAGCGGUGCCCUGGUGUCAAAGUAAUCAGCGUGCCCACCAUACUUCUGGAACCUCCCUAAAGUACAUACCUCGCCGCGCCGUUCUCUACGUGCCGGGCAACGAUGAGAGAAAACUGCAGAAACUGACUUCGCUGAACGUGGACUGUGCCGUUCUCGACUGUGAGGAUGGGGUCGCCCUCAACAUGAAGGACGCAGCCCGGAAAACCAUCCCGAAGAUGCUGGCAGAGCUGGAUCUGGGGCGAACAGAGAAAUGCGUCAGAGUUAACUCUGCGUCCAGCGGCCUGGCUGAAGCCGACCUGGAUGUCAUUCUGCAGGCGGAGGUGCUGCCCACAGCACUCAUGCUGCCAAAGGUGGAGGACACAGGAGAGGUGCGGUGGUUUGUUGACAGGUUUCAACAGUAUUUAAAAGGCAGAGAGCUUAAGGAACCCAUCCGCUUGGUCACCUUUGUGGAAACGGCUGUAGGUCUGCUAAAUUUUAAGGCAGUGUGUGAAACACUUCGAGAUUUGGGGCCAAAGGCAGGUUUUCAUCAUGAUGGCGUUGUCUUCGGUUCGGAUGACUUCUGUGCCAGCAUAGGGGCCACACGCACCAAAGACGCUAAAGAGCUCCUGUACGCGCGGCAGAAAGUGGUGGUCACCACCAAAGCGUUCGGGCUCCAGGCGAUUGAUCUUGUUUACAUCGACUAUCAGGAUGUGGAAGGACUGAGGCUUCAGGCCAGAGAAGGAGCUCUCAUGGGCUUCACUGGAAAGCAAGUCAUCCACCCCAAUCAGAUCAAGGCUGUUCAAGAAGAAUUUGCCCCCAGCCCAGAGAGAAUCAAGUGGGCCUCGGAACUGAUCGCAGCGUUCGAGGAGCAUCAGAAGUUGGGGAAGGGGGCCUUCACCUUUCAUGGUAGUAUGAUUGACAUGCCAUCUCUGAAGCAAGCUCAAAACAUUGUCACAUUGGCUUCGGCUGUUCACAGAAAGUGAUGCAAACCCGAGUUCCUCAGACAUCAAAAUCUGUACCACGCUGGUCGUACCUUGCGCUUCACAUCAACACCCUCAAAUGUACCUGUGCAUUAACCAGCAGCAGAGAACUCUUUGGUUUCAAAGAUCCUUUAAAUUUGACUGUGUUGGAUAUUUAUGUCUAAUUGACCUAAAUCGCUGUAAUUUAUUAUAAUGUUGCAUUACCAUUUUAUGCGUUGAUUUAUUGUUUGUGUGUGCAGUACCCAACCCCUGCCUCUCUCUUGUGUCAGAGCACACUAUUGUCCAUGGCAAAGGUUGUGUGUGCCCAUUGAAAGGGCAACCAAACAGAGCUGCCCUGCAGUCGAGCCUUCAUUCAGCCUGAAGGCUGCUCCAGGGCCCUGCACAUCAAAGUCCUAUUUGCCAAGAAGCCUCCAUGAAUUUACCAAAACCAGCAGAGAGAGAAUACGUCUGUGAGCUCGCUCUAAAUUGUAGGCCUUUGUUUCAGGGGACUCCCUCAAAUAGAAGGCCUGAAUGCAUCUGCGGUGUGGCGCUGGGCUUACCCGCUCAGUGGCACGCCACACGCUCGCCCGCUCACAAACACGUACACAAGGGCCUCUGCAGUUUGUCCUUUUCCCUCUAUGUAAAUAUCAGCAGUUUAUCCUGCUUUCCUUGGCGUUGUUAUCCGGUCAGCAGGUCCCACCUCUCCAUCCAGCUUGUGAAUUGCCACGAAUGCGCCCGGGCGCUGAAAAGACAUGCCGCCGUUGCCCAUUUCAUCAACGUUCCAAGCACACACUUUGUCAAGAAUGGCUCUUUUCAAAUAAAACUCCAGGAUGUCAUUUCCAGUGAAUGACCAUCCUUUCUACCCUCGAGCGUGUUGUUGUUUUUGUAUGUCACAUUUGUCACAAAUACAUCAUAGAGUACACUCCAUUCCCUCUUCUUGCUGCCGGUCUUGGGCUCCCACGGGCUGAUGAGAUCUUUGGAAGAAAUGACUGGGAUGGGGGUGGGGGGAAUGGUUGAUGGUUUAGUUGGUCACUAUGGUAAUGAAGGCCUCUACAUAAAGCGGUGAUCAAUAGUGUCUGUGGCGAGAGUCUCUGGUCGAGCCAGCAGACAGAAAGAUGGAAGUCGCUGCUGUGAGCAACCCAAAGGGCCGACAGUAAGCUGACGGCCUGGCACUCGGCCCACGCUUGUCUCCAGUACCCUCUCCCCUGUGCUCCUUGCCUUUUGCGCUCAUUUAUUUUUCAUUUUCUUUGGAGUCUUCUUUUUGGACUCGUGUUGGACAAGCCCUUUUGCUCUCUUUAAGCAAGUCCUGAAGACUUCCAAUCAGUGUUUGAGGCCGUACUAUCAAUAGGUCAAUGCACAUAGAUGCUGAAAGAUGUGAAUGGUUGUAAGACUCAUCCACAACCAUUUUGUAUUGAAAAACAGUUUUAUCUAUUUAAAAAAGCUUUUCACAUCAUAAAGUAGUAAUAGCGAGAAUAAACAAAAUCACACAAAUGCUUGGGUGAUGCUGACCUCUGAAUUUGUGAUAGAUAUUUAAUUGUUGAUUGAUAUGAAACUAAAGCUGACUUUCGCAAAUUUGUUUUUUUUUUCAUUACAGCUGGUAACCCUGCUAUCUUUUAUUAUUUGCCCCUUUACUUUUAAUGUCAAUUGAAAUUACAUUUAGUAACAGAAUUAAUCCUGACCCAUACACCAAAGGCACCAUUCAUUUUAAUAAUAUCUUGAAACUGAUCUGUGCAGGGUUUGAAAGACUCCACAGAACAGCGAAAUGCUAUUUCUAACUAUUUGUCAUGAUAUUUCUAUUAUGCCUCUAACUUGACAUAAUCUUUUCAGCUCACAAGGCGGAAUUAUUUAAAUACAUUUACUAGUAUUCCCAAAGAGAGUACAAUACAAUUAACACGAAUAGGACCUUACCUAAUCUUGACAGCACUCAAUUAGGCUUGAAACACAGUCCUGAUGGUUAUGUGCUGAGAUUGCUCUCAUAAAUUAUCUGAUAUCAACCCAGCGGAGAAAAUGCAUGUAUGCAAAGUGUUUCUGAGGAAAAUUAAAAGGAAACGUUUUACAUAUUUUUCAUUAAUCUCAAUGGGACCCGUGUGGCAGGGAGGAUUUUGCUCGCCUAAUUUCUCGCCAAGGGAUCUCCCAAUAAUGACUUCAUUCUUUUACUAGACAAUAUAUGACAAACUCAUUUCGACAAAGAUGAUUCCCCUGCAAUAAAAACCAAUCGUUUACAACAGGAGCAGGCGGGAACCAUUUUGCGAAUAAUGUCUAAUUGAAAUGAAAUUGAAUUUAUUGGCAAUAGGGGUAAUGAGUGAAAUUGCUACUCGAAUAAUGCUAUAAAAUGUCGGGUUUUUUUUUUUUUUGCUUGAAGGUUAAUGUGAAUUUGCUAGAAUAACAUUAACAAGAAGUAGAAAGAAUAUUUGCUUCUAAUUUAUUAGCAAAUAUUCCCAUUUAUUAGCUCUUUUGAAAAAGUAUUAAAAAUAAUAGACGAACAAAACACUAAAAUACAAAUAAUGUUACAUUGCUCUAGGGAAUAUUGGUAAUUGUAUUAGAAAGCGAAAAAAUGUAACUUAUUUGGGUAUAGACGCACUUUUAACGCUGUAAUCUCUCUGUAAAAACGCAGAGUGCAUUUAUCAAAUGUCACCAAAUAUGUUUUUUUAAUAGUUUUUAAAAAUUACUUAAAAAUAUUACAAAUGCAUAUUUUGAGCACGCUCUUUAUCCAUCAUUUAUUGUAACAUUGUAAAAUGUAACUUUUUAUAGUGUUGAUUAACGCAUCACCCAUACGACAACAGUGUUUGUAACAUUAAACUUAUUUCCACAACAAAGCAUCUAAAAAUAUCCCCUAUUUCCAUCAUUUUCAAGUAAUAUAACCUGUCAACACUGUUAUAUUUUGAAUGUUUUGGUGGAAUACUGAUGUGUCUGCUUGAGUGAAGGAUAGCUCCCUCUGAAUAAGCAGAGACUUUGAGCUGACUCUUUAUUUGAAAUGGAGACAGAUCAAAGGACAAACCCCAGCAAACCUCCUCCGCUCUUUUGUCUGCGGUUGCUAUGGCUUCGAGUGGAGGGGCCAAGUAAAUCAGACUCGUUACAGUGCGACAAAAAGUCUCAAAAAACGUUUUCAUUUUUUGUUGGCCUGACCCUGCAGCCUUUAUAUUUAUUUUCUUGUCAUGAACUAUUAUUCAUUAUUUCAAAGGCUCUGUUUGCGCCUUCUUGUUUUCUCCAUUUAAAGGUCACAACGAUGUAUUCAUUAUAGCCUAUUCAUUUUUUAUUAGCCUACUGUAGUUUUUAAUAAUGCUAAUCUAAAUGUAUAUAAUAAGAAUACUUUAUAUGUAAACAUUUUGAAGCAACUUCAAAAAUGUUAUAUGUUACUAAGUUACGUUUUUGAACAUGUGAAUGACUGCAUCAUAAUUUUUUUAAAGUUGUUCCUGCACCCUGAUGAUUAUUUUUAAAUAUUUUUUUGCACUAUGGGCAGAUGUAAUUUCCACCUCACUGUUCAGUCUUAGGAGCAACCCAUGGGUGGAUUCCCCAAUUACAGGCCCAUGGCAGCCCCCUUUCAAAUCCACUUUUCCUUCUGUUAUGACAAAAUUGUGCAAUUGUCGCGUAGCCUCCAGGAUAAUCAGAGCAUCGUGGUUUUAUGUAUAUUAUGGCGGCUGGCUCAUUAUCACAGAACUGCUCAUGAAUUAGAGAGAAAUUAAAACAAUUGCGCGAUAUCUUUCAUGGAUGCGAUAAAACAGAUACGCUUUUGAGUGCUGGUGAGCUUGCUGUGUGUCUUGACUGCUUGGCGCAGCUAGUACCAUCUCACCCACUGGCUUUCUGAUGAAAGAAGAACAGAACUUUAAGAAGUGUGCCGCCGGAUGCUGUCAAAAUUGGGGCAAAAAGAGAAUGGCUGUUCAUAAAGGCGACAUUUAUUGCUUCUUGGCUGUUAAGACUUUUGCUGUUAAACCCCCCUUUGAACAGUGCAGAUGCACCCAGACAGACCAAUCGAGAGGAAUAUAUGAUCAGUCUGCUCUUAGGUUGAUACGGUUAUGUAUUUAUCCUUUAUUAUAACAGGUGUACUGGAGAAAAGUCACAUUUUUAAUUUGAACCUGUAUUUAAAUUAGACUAACUUUGCUGUAAGUUUGCAGUUUUGCCUGUUACUUGCUGUCGAUUUGAUUACUACUUAAUAUUUUCCUUUAGAACUGUUUUUAUUUUGAGUUAAACUUUACUUUAAUCAAAAUUAAAACACAUAGAUUUUUUAUAUUCGUAAUGAGCAAGACGAGACUGGUCUCAUUACUGGCAUUAUACAAUGGAAAAAUGACAUUCUUCCUGAGCAUUUUUGUUUUGUUUUUUAGUAAAAAUAUUUAAAACGUCUUAAAUUACGCUACAUUUUCCAUAAGAUAUUUAGUCUUAAUAAAAUAUAAAAACUAGGUUUAUGUUUAAAACAAAAUUGUAAAUUAAAUCUACAGUAAGUUACUGGCAAACCUGCCGCAAAACUACAGCAAAGUUUUACAGUGUAUAUUAUUAGCAAUAAAAUAAGUCAAAAAAGGCCUUAUUGGUUCAGUCAUUGCCUCGUCGUCAAAUAUUUUCCCGUUUUACACAUAAAGUUGGUCUACACCCUAAGCGUGUAGGCUACUCUCUACAGCCUCGGUACAUCUGUUGUGACUGUUACCACCAAUUCCCUUUCCAACUCAUUGAUUUAACUGUCAGGUAUCGAGUCAUCCUUGUCGCGCACGUGAAACUGAGUUGCUGGUUGAUCGCCUUUCCUUGAGAUAAGUUCUGCAGAAGUCGUCUUACCGUGUCCACCUGACAUGUGCUGGGUGUUUAACAAGCCAUAGCGGAAACGCAUAAACCUCUUAUACCUUUAAAAAUAAUUUUGUUUCUUUGUAAAAAAUUAAGCCCCAUUAGGCCCCGUAACAAACAUAACAAGCUGAGAUCAUUUAUGUGCACUCAAAAUAGCACAUGUAGGCCUACUGUAUAUUUAUAUAUAUUUUUUGUAUAAUUAUAAUACUGAUCUAUUCAUAUUUUCAUUGUCUUUUUAGUAGCAUUAAAAAACCUCCCCGAAUAACAUGAACUCACGUCUGAUUUUUAAAAUGUAAUGAAGUUUAGAUGAUGAACUAUACUGCGUGGACACAUGGGUCCGAUGGGACACCUAAACAUUAGCCUAUCUGUGUUCAGUGUGAUGUUUUUUUGUCAUUAUUCUCUUCGAUAAUGAUUUAAUUAGGGGUAAAUACAACUUGUAAAUGUUUCAAUGAAAUUAUUUCCUUUUGGGUACUUCUGUUUUAUUUUUCUUUGAUAGUUUAGUUUUAAACUGCAUGAAAAAAGUCUUCUGGUAUUUUUAAAUAUAUAUAUUUAUAAAAAAAAUCAGAAAUUUAUUUUCUUCCAGUAUUUUUUUUUCAUAGAUCUGUUCUUUUAACAAGUUUAGCGCGUGCCUGUGUUUGCACAGUCGAGCUCUAAAUUGUAGUUUAUGACAUCAUCUCUGCUAAUCCAAUUAAACAUGUUUGUCCUAUAGACCCAGCACUUUGAAUGAAGAGUGAAUACCACUGUUUAACUGUUAGGCGGCUGACAAUUUUAUGGCUUUGAAUGAAUAAAAUACAUUUAAUUUGUUGAACCUGCAUUCGUGCACCGUGCUCCAUUACUUUUAUUGUAUUACCUAUUUUGGAGGAAAAAUAUUUUUAGGUGAAAUUCGUGGAUGCGUAAAUUAAUUUAUUGCAAAACACAUCAAACGCAAUAACGUCUU